AUGGCAGCCCUGUAUACAAUAGUAGCGACUCCAAGUCAUGGAGUUAUAUUUACGAGUCCAUCCCGGAAAAUACAUACACGCAAAACGUUUGAGGAUGAUGCCUAUGCUAUAGCGCUCGCUGGCAUAGAAACAUUCAAUAUUGGCGGCAAACUCUAUUCGGAUAUCGCGUUUGGCCAGCUUGAACAAUACUAUCAGAAUAUGAGUGGACAGGCUAUUCCCUUCGGCGGGGCUAGCGGGAUUAUUGGCCUCAACUAUAACUCGAUGCAGCAGCCUGGGUUCCCAAGUUUCAUGUCCGCGAUGAAAUAUCAGUUGACAGGUACGUCUCAAUUCAAAGCUUGCCGUGAGCAUUCGUUGACGUCACGCCUAGAAUGGAAAUGUACUCUUGACUCAUCUCGCAAAUGGCAAAAUGGUACCUGGAUCUUUGGAAGUCUGGAAAGCAUGGAUGACCGUGCUGAUAUAGAGUGGGCGGAUCGGAAUGUUGAUCAGCCUGCUUGGAGGGUCAAUAUUACAGCGAUAUCAGCUGGCAGUGUUGAUUCUACAUGGUCCGCUUUUGAUAAUACAUAUCGCUAUCCAUACAAUGCUACCCUGCCUGAUUUUACGUUUGGCAUUGGAAAUGGGACCUUCACAAUUCCUGGUACCUAUAUGCCCUACCAGCGUGAUCAAGCCGGUACUACUUGCAUUUCUAUCAUCACAGGGGACAAUUCUACAGACUCGAGUCAUGAGUACAUCUUUGGUGCCUGGUGGGCCCAACUAGGGGUGCUGAUCCUUGAUUACGAGCAUAGUCAGGUGGGCUUUAUGAACAAGUCGACACCAUUGCCGAAGUUUACCACAGCCGCCCUUGACAUUAUUGCAAUGAAUUAG